AAAAAAACAGAUUAACAGGAGAAAUACAAUUUAUUAACCUAUGUUUGCAUGUCAUAUGGGAGAAACGCUAAGAAGAGUAACACAAAACGAUGGUUUACAACUCCAGGUUAUAUUGCAACUUCAACAAAGGAACAAUAAAUUUGUAGAGAAAUGAUACAGUAAAGAAAAGCAGUUUUAGGUUUCCAAAGGUGACAAACCGUGGGAGGAAGCUAAUGGACUAACAUUUAUUUGCAGAUUCCUUAGGUGCCACCCACAAGCUAAAGAAUCUAAAGUUGUCUCUGAUGCGGGCUCGGCGAGCUGAGGAGUGGAAAGAAAGAUUUCUUGGACUCUCAAGGUCUAGCAGUAGUGCUCUUUUAUUCAGAGAAUAGCCUGGAGUAGCAUGGGGACAGAACCCAUGGGGCAGUGAAGAGCUGCAGACUUGGGUUGAGGGUAGGGCUAAAUUUAAGGCAUAGGUAUGCCAGUUAUCUCUUUAAAAGACAAUGGAAAGAUUAUGUAAAAAAGUCAUUAAAAUGGUAUCAGUGCAGGUGGGGUCUUGUUAUUGGGUGGUCCUAUAACUUUAGAUAAGGAUCAGGUCAGGACAUCUUAUGCUUCCCAGAGGAUGAUAUAGAUCGGUAUGUAGGGCAGGUCACCUUGGGCUUCUCUUCCUGGGGCAGCCUUGAUCCUCAUCGGUCUCCAGUAAAGGAGAAUUUAUAUCCUGCCUUUAGUCAAAAGUGGAGGAGGGUACAGAGAGCUUUUCCUGCCUUUGACGCUUCUGUGGGGGAUCAGACUUGGCCACCCCAAAAUGUCUCUUUGACUUGAUUAUUUUCAAGAACAAAAGACUGAAAGAAACUUUGACCUCCCCCACAACUGCCUAAAAGAAUUUAAAAUAGAAUGGCCUGCUCCAGGAAGGAGUUAAUACCGUAACUGUAAUGUCAUGUACAACGUGUCUCUCAUGUCACAUUGUCUGCAGUUGGCUUAUUUACAUUUCCAUCUCCGUGUGAAUUGCCUUCCUCCCCUUUGAAGCUCCAAACCACUCAGCCCAACACCCUCCCCUCUCUUCAGCUGAAGACAGUAUUUAAGGGAACAGCCUCUGCCAUUCUGGCAAGUUACUCAGCUUUCCUGGGUUUCUCCCACAUAGACAUGUUAUGAAGCUUUGAUUUUUUCCUGUUAUUUUGUCUCAUGUCAAUUUAAACCGUAGCCCAGCCAGAAGGACUUAGAGUGUGUAGAGGAAUUGUCUUUCUCCUCUACACUUCUAAAUUGCCUUCAGCUCAGAAUUUUUGUCAGAGGCAUAUUUCGCGGUGACAUAUCUGGUUUCCUUCAAGGCACAGCCACCUUCACAGAUACAAUCUCAGCCACUUUACAAAGGAAGCCACAAACCAGAGACCCCUGAACCUGGCGUCAGAGUCGGACAUAAUCCCCCUCAACCUUCUCUCUGGCGCCACCCCAGUCCCGCACCCAGAGAAUGGCACACAGGCAGCAAACAGCUCCACGCACGGAAACACAAGCCCGGACGCCAUCACACACUGGCACACGGGGCAUCACGCCAGGUCCUCAGCAAACGCCACACAGACCACGCUCGCGGCACUGGGGUAUCACGGGGCCACGGUCACAAGCUUAAAGAUCCGGACACCAGGGCCAACCCGGGCUCCCGGCUCCAACCUCUUCCUACAGGCCCUCCUUUCCCCUCCCCACCGCCCAGCCUUCCGCGGACACGGCCCCCAGCGCCCCCUCCGCCCGCUGAAGAGCCGGGUGCUCGCCCCCGAUCCGCGCGCCUGCGCACUCCGGGCAGAAGGAGCAACUCCCAGGAGCCUCAGUGCUCGGCUUCUGGGGGCGGGGCUCGCUGCCUAAACGCAGAGCCAAGAACCCAAUGAGAAAGUCGCAAUAUACAGCUGUUGUGAUUUUGGACUAUAGUUCCAACAGAGGAGCAGGCCCGGAUUGUCCUCGAUAGCACCGGUCACUCACGGGGUCACCUUCGCAGGCCUCAGGAACUGGACACAUCCCGGCCCUUCCGGAACCCUGCCUCUCUGCUCGGUGGGCCGGCCGGAAUCAGGCCCCACCGCCCCUCAGAGCCCUUCCAGAGGAGCCGAGGCACUUGCCCCCGCCCCCUGCACGCCUGCGCACUCGGGACCGCGGCGGGCGCUCUCCGGAACCCCGGCGCCGCGGACCUCAGGAGUCGGGGGCGGUCUUCGGAGCAAGGCGCGGUCUGAGUGCGGCGAGCCGGGUUCGGUUGUGGUUGCUGCUUUUCCGAAGGAAACGAGCGCAGGGCGAGCCAGCGCCCCCGGUCUGCGGAGAAGGCCAUUGAAGGGAAGCGAGUCGCCGCUGCGCCUCUGAAGGCCGCGUCCUCUCUCUGGCUUCUGUGGACUCUGUUUCUCCAGUAAAUGACUCGAGGAAAACUGACCAAUUCUUAUAACUCUAAAAUCAUGGCUCACGGUUUGGUGAUGUUCAGAGAUGUAGCUGUAGACUUUUCUCAGGAAGAGUGGGAAUGCCUGAAACCGUAUCAGAGGAAUUUGUACAGAGAUGUGAUAUUAGAGAACUAUAACAACUUGGUGUCACUGGCAGGAUGGUCCAGUUCUAAGCCAGAUGUGAUUACCCUCUUAGAGCAAGGGAAAGAACCCUGGAUGGUUCUGAGGGAUGAGGAGAAAAGAUGGAGUCUAGAUUUGGACUCCAGAUAUGACACUAAAAAGUGUGAAAUGAAUUUAUCUCCGUGGGACAUAAUGGAAAGAAUUCGAAGUUGCGGCCUUAAAGACUCCUUUUUCAGAAAGGAUUGUGAAUAUAGAAAGUUUGAGGGACAAGAGAGUCCUCAAAAGGGAUAUUGCAGGCAAGUGAAAAAAACCAACUCUGAAAAAAUGCCCACUUACAGAAAACUCACAUCACUUACUUUAUAUCAGAGAAUUCAUAAUAAAGAGAAACCCCAUGAAUGUGGGGACUGUGGGAAGGCUUUUAGAGUACGCCAACAACUUACUUUCCAUCAGAGAAUUCAUACUGGUGAGAAACCGUAUGAAUGUAAAGAUUGUGGGAAAGCCUUUAGACAGUGUGCCCACCUUAGUCGACAUCAGAGAAUUCAUACUUCUGACAAACUCCUUGAAUGUAAAAAAUGUGGAAAGAUCUUUACAUGUGGCGCAGAUCUUCGUGUACAUCAGAGAAUUCAUGUAGGUGAGAAGCCCUAUGGAUGUAAGGAAUGUGGGAAGGCCUUUAGAGUGCGAGGACAACUUAAUCUCCAUCAAAGGAUUCAUACUGGUGAGAAACCCUACGAAUGUAAGGAAUGUGGGAAGACCUUUAGACAGUAUGCACACCUUACUCGACAUCAGAGACUUAAUAUUGCCGAGAAGUGCUAUGAAUGUAAGGAAUGUGGGCAGGCUUUUCUGUGUAGUACAGGCCUUAGAGUACAUCACAAACUUCAUACUGGUGAAAAACCCUAUGAAUGUAAGGAAUGUGGGAAGGCCUUUAGAGUGCGGCAACAACUUACUCUCCAUCAGAGAAUUCAUACUGGUGAGAAACCCUAUGAUUGUAAGGAAUGUGGGAAGACCUUUAGUCGUGGCUAUCAUCUAACUCUCCAUCAGAGAAUUCAUACUGGUGAGAAACCUUAUGAAUGUAAGGAAUGUCAGAAGUUCUUUCGGCGUUACUCAGAACUUAUUUCACAUAAGGGUAUUCAUAUUGGAGAGAAACCCUACGAUUGUAAGGAAUGUGGGAAGGCCUUUAGAUUGUUCUCACAACUUACUCAACAUCAGAGUAUUCAUUUUGGUGAGAAACCUUAUAAAUGUAAGGAAUGUGAGAAGACUUUUAGGCUAUUCUCACAACUUACUCAACAUCAGAGUAUUCAUACUGGUGAGAAACCCUAUGACUGUAAGGAAUGUGGAAAGGCCUUUAGACUUCAUUCAUCACUUAUUCAGCAUCAGAGAAUUCAUUCUGGUGAAAAACCAUACACAUGUAAGGAAUGUCAGAAGGCCUUUAGACAACAUUCACACCUUACUUACCAUCAACGAGUUCAUAAUGUAACUAAGGACACUUGGACACGGACACACGACCGUGAAGUAAGCGUCACACUCCUGAACUCUCUUGAGCAUCAGCCAGGUUGUCACGGCCACUGCGUUCGGGCCAGAGCUCUGUCUAACAAAUCUGGACCCCACCUCCUGGCCUUCAGAGCCUUUUCAACCCUGGACUACAUUUCUCGGAAGGCAUCACUGCAAGACACAACCUCUGAGGCCACCGCGUCCCUGCGCCAUUUCGUACCCUUACUCCGUUACGCUCGCUGCAAGCAUCCAGUCUGCAGCGGCCAGGUUAAUUCCUCACGGAAGUCGGCCUUGCCGCUGCGGAGUGGCUAUGCCCUUCGCCGCUGGCAAAAUUGGCACCGUCACUUCGGUGUCGAGCGGCGGGGAGGUGGAGCUCUAUGUGUGUUCCUCCGCACCGGAAGCUGGUUGGUGACUUUCAGGGAUGUGGCCAUCGACUUCUCUCAGGAGGAGUGGGCGUGCCUGGACCCCGCGCAGAGGGCCUUGUACAGGGACGUGAUGCUGGAGAACUACAGCAACCUGAUCUCCCUGGCUGGAUGUUCGGUCCCUAAGCCAGAUGUGUUUUCCUUAUUGGAGCAAGGGAAGGAGCCCUGGAUGGUGGUGAGAGCCAUGGCAAGAAGACGGAGCUCAGACUUGGAAUCCAGUUGUGGGACCAAAAAGUCAUCUCCAGAAAAAGGAACUUAUGAAACGGAAUCACUGCAGUGGAAUUAUAUGAGGAAACCUGUCAGCCAUAACCUUAAGCACCAUGAUCUUGGGGAUAAUAUGGAGUGCAAAGACAAGUUUGAGGGUCAACAGAGAAGUCAGGAAGGACUUCACAUGCACAUGAAAAUUACCUGUGAAGAAAAGCCCACUCAAAGCCAUUCCACAUCCCUUACUCUUCAUCAGAUAAAUCCUACCAAGGAAAAGUUGUACAAACGUAAGGAAGGUAAAGAAGCUUUCAGCUACCUGCCAUGCCUUAUUCAACAUGAGAAAAGUCAUAAUAAAGAGAAACACUCUGAAGUUAAGAAGCGUAGGAAGACCUUCAGCAAAAAACUAACCUAUAGUCAACAUGAGAGGAUUCAGAAUGAUGAGAAACCUUAUGAGUGUGUGGAAUGUGGGAAAGCCUUUGGUCGGAGUUCUGAUCUGAUUCAACAUCAGAAAAUUCACACUGAUGAAAAACCUUAUCAGUGCAAAGCUUGUGGGAAGGCCUUUAUUCGUGGUUCACAGCUCACUGAACAUCAGAGAGUUCAUACAGGAGAGAAACCAUAUGAAUGUGAGAAAUGUGGAAAAGCCUUUAGUUAUUGUUCACAAUACACUCUCCAUCAGAGAAUUCAUAGUGGUGAAAAACCCUAUGAAUGCAAGGAAUGUGGGAAGGCCUUUAUUCUUGGCUCCCAACUUACUUACCAUGAGAGAAUUCAUAGUGGCGAGAAACCUUAUGAGUGUAAGGAAUGUGGAAAGGCCUUUAUUCUUGGUUCACACCUUACCUAUCAUCAAAGAGUUCACACUGGUGAAAAGCCUUACAGAUGUAAAGAAUGUGGGAAGGCCUUUUUAUGUGCCUCCCAACUUAAUGAACAUCAGAGAAUUCAUACAGGUGAGAAACCCUAUGAAUGUAAAGAAUGUGGGAAGGCCUUUUUCCGUGGCUCACAACUUACUUACCAUCUGAGAGUUCAUACAGGUGAGAGACCCUAUAAAUGCAAAGCAUGUGGGAAAGCCUUUAUUUCUAAUUCUAAUCUUACUCAACAUCAGAGAAUUCAUACAGGUGAGAAACCCUACAAAUGUAAAGAAUGUGAGAAGGCCUUUGUCUGUGGCAAACAACUUAGUGAACAUCAGAGAAUUCAUACAGGUGAGAAACCUUUUGAAUGUAAGGAAUGUGGAAAGACCUUUAUUCGUGGUGCCUAUCUUACUCAACACGAGAAAAUUCAUGGUGAGAAGCAUUAUGAAUGUAAGGAAUGUGGGAAGACCUUUUUUCGUGCCACACAACUUACGUAUCAUCAGAGAAUUCAUACAGGUGAAAAACCCUACAAAUGUAAGGAAUGUGACAAGGCUUUUAUUUAUGGCUCACAACUUAGUGAACACCAGAGAAUUCAUAAAGGUGAAAAGCCCUAUGAAUGUAAACAAUGUGGGAAGGCCUUUAUUCGUGGCUCACACCUUACUGAACAUCUAAGAACUCAUACUGGUGAGAAACCCUAUGAGUGUAAGGAGUGUGGGAAGGCCUUUAGUCGUGGCUCAGAACUUACUCUACAUCAAAGGAUCCAUACUGGUGAGAAACCCUAUGCAUGUGUCCACUGUGGUAAAGACUUUAGACGUCAUUCACAACUCACUCAACACAUGAGGCUUCAUAAUUGAGAAAGCCUUGAAUAUGAUUUAAGAUAG